UUUUCCUACUUUUAACAUUCAAAAUGGCCGAUCCUCGUGCUAAAAUUCCAUGCGAUGUUUGCGGGUUGAAAGUUCCAAAUGGCAGAAUGGAAGGUCAUCUUUUCGAGUGUCAGGCAAUGCAUCCUUUCCCAUGCGGACUCUGUACACGAGGGUUCUCUUCACAACAAGGCGUAAUAAAUCAUCAAAGUUCAGCACAUUCUGCUGAAGAACGUGGCACAAGAUUUCGUUGCACACAUGCUGAUUGUGACUUUGGUACUAACUAUCACAAGAACUUGGAAGCACAUUUGCUGAAACAUCAAACUGGAUUUCGACGCUCACGAUCUCGUUCACGUUCUCGAUCGCGUCAACCUGGUGGUAAUCCUUAUACUGCGCCACAACCGAGUCAGCCACCUCCGUUACAACCUCAAGAGGGUCAACAACAAGUUGAAGAGGAAUAUGUUGAGAUGGAGAAUGAAUACUUUCCUCGAACGGUUGGUAGAUCUGCGGACAGAAAUGUUCAACGAAACGUUGAUCGCUCUCAAAUGCCUGUUUUGCAGAAAAUGGAAAAGGUUCAGCAGCAACCGUUGUUUCGUCGCUCGCAGUCUCGUUCACGUUCUCGAGCGAAACGUUCUAAAGCUUCAAAGCCGAAUCGACCAGCUCAAAUGCCUCGAGAGGACCAGCAACAAUAUGAAGAAGAAAUUGAGGUUGGUAGAGCUGGACAUUCAAAAAGAAAUCCUCAAAUUGAUCGAUCUAACGUGCCUGAAGUACACCAACUUGAACAAGCUACAACUAGUACUGCAUCUAUGGAAGAAAAUAUUCAGGAGCUCGUUCAAGAGCCCGUAAUUCAACAGGCUGAACAGGCGCCAAUAGUUACUAUUGAUGAUGAUGAAGAAAUUGGACCUCUUCCAGGAUUUACAAAUCUUCAACUUGUCGAUCCGGUAAAAGCCCGCUUAAUUAUGGCUGCAGAAAGUAAAUCUUUGGAUGAUCUUGUUAGAAAUUUGCGCGCAAAUAAUGAAAUUUUACAUAGAUUUUGUUUGGAGCGGGGUCUGGAUUAUGGAACUCAAAAUACUGCAAAUGCGAUUGAAGUUUAUUUUCGAAACUUCUCUGUCCAUGAUGAAUUUGGCGGUGAUGAUUAG